AUGCACAUGCAAAGCGUGAGGAAGAAGAGAGGCGGCAGAGCAGAAAAGGCAAAACUCGCCCCCCUCUUCCACUUUCAGCGCACUUGGGUGAACGCCCCCAACCAGAACCUCCAUCUCGAACUCGCUGGACAGCUCCUCCGCAGGUCCCUCGCCCGCAAGGACUACGAACGGGCCUUCACCAUCUACGGCACCCUCACCUCGUGCAAAUCCUCCAACGAGGAGCUCCUUUGGAAGGUUGGGUCUGAAAUCCUGAGUCGAAACAAAGAGUAUGAACCGACAUGCUUGCAGUUCUUAAAGCUUGUGUUGGCACAGACGAAACAUUAUAAGGACUCAGUAGCAGUGGAACUUGCCUUGUACCAGAUGAGGUGUGGACACAUCAAUGAUGCCCGCGCGACCCUGGAACCAUACAUCAACGCAUUUGCUUACAAGGAUAACGCCCAACUUCAAGGAUAUUUUGGAGUCAUCGAGUUUGCACUGUUCAACAUGGCCGUGGAGGAGAAGAGAGCAAGUCGCGGAUCAUCGUCCCGAACGAGUCAGCAUGCAGGUUACCACCACAGCGGGUCAUUCAAUCUGCUGGGCGAUUCGCAGGAAGGAAGCGAUGAAUACGAUGACGAUAGCGACAACGAGUCCACCCUAUGGGAUGCGCGUAUCAUGAGCCACAAGCGCGGUGCCAUAAAGCAUUUGGAGUUGGCUCUCAAACUGGACAGUCGAAACGAUGGCUUCUUGGCCUACCUUGUCAGGCUGAAGUGUGGCAGAGUUGAAAUGACCGGAUGGGACAAGCGCAGAUCAUCUAACAAGCGCAAGACAGCCAUUCGAGAAAUGCGGGCAUAUCUGAAGCAGUUUUACAACGACAACACCAGCAGCAUGCUCGCAUUACAACUUUUGACUGCACUGGAGAACCGAGAGCGACAAAACACAUUGGAGCUUAUUCUGGCGCUGAAUCCAGCUGCAGACUCUGAGCUCUAUGUCCGACCUCUCGUCAAGUUGAUGUGGAAGGCCCUUCCAGCAGAGCAGAUGGAUAUUAUUUCCAGGAUCGCAAACACUAAACAUUCUAAAGUAUUAUACGCGAAAGGAUCAAGAGACAGCCAGGACGUUUUUCAUGACCGAGCCUCCACUGGUCUCUCGCUUGAGCAACGGACAGAAUCGGAUACGAAAAAUUCGGUGGACGAAGACGAAAUAGCCGGACAGACCAGGAGUGCAAUGCAGGAAGGCAAGGCAGCAAGCUUUCUUAGCGGACACCAAUUGGACGUGAGUCCUCUCCAACCGAUUGCGCAACUUUUGCUCACGCGAGCAGAGUACAAUGCCUUGAAGCUCUGGGAGGAACAAGAGAUCUGUAAGAUCGCUUUGUAUUACGACACCUUUCGGUAG